AUGGCAACAAACCUUGUGAUUACAAAGGGAAGCCAACUUGGCAAUUGCCACGUCGUUGAGAAAAUCCUCGGAGAGGGCAGCUUUGGUGUUGUGGCCAAAUGCCGCAACACAGAGAACAAGAAGACUGUUGCAAUCAAGGUGAACAAGAACGAGGAAGGCGUUCUGGAAAUGGCAAUAGAUGAAAUUGCUAUCCUGAAGCAGCUGCGGCGUCUUGACCCAGACACAUGCAGUAGCAUAGUCCAGUGGGAUGGCUUUUUCAUCGACAAGGAGCGUAUAUGCAUCACUUUUGAACUCCUUGAUCUGAGCCUUCACCAUUACCUGCACCAGCAUAAAGGUGGGCGUCUUGCCAUUGACGAUAUGAGGCCUGUAUUGUAUCAAAUGGCCACGGCACUUUCUCACCUACAGUCCAUUAACAUCAUACAUGCAGAUGUAAAGCCGGUCAACAUCAUGGUUGUGAACCGCCAUCAGACCCCACUGCAAGUAAAACUUAUUGACUUUGGUGUGGCACGUAUUGGGUCAACAGUACAACAAGGUGACUGGAUGGGAACCCUCUCAUACAGUGCACCAGAAAUGUUACUGGGCGUGCCAUACAAUGAGUGUGUGGAUAUGUGGGCUCUGGGUCUUGUAAUGGCGGAGGUGGCAGUUGGGUGCCCACUCUACCCUGGCGAUACAGAUUACGAUGUCUUCACAUCCAUCGUACAAACUCAAGGCCAGCCACCUGACGAUGUCCUGGACUGUGGGUGUUAUACUGAUACUUUGUUCAAUACCCAGGAGUACGGCAGAACACGUUGGACAUUUAAGACUCCGGAUGAUUACAAGCAGGGAUUCUGUGCAUCAGACACCAGAAAGAUCAAACUCAGUUCUCUUGAUUGUAUUGAAGAGAAUAUGGUGCAAGACAAGGAACACCAAGAGGAUCAAAAGAUGUUCGUCAGCUUAAUCAAAAGUAUGCUGACCCUUGAUGCACGGAGGAGGAUCACAGCUCGGGAGGUUCUGAAGCAUCAGUUCUUCAACAGCCGAAGUCCUGCUCCAAACCAGUCUGCUACAUCGUCACAACAACGUGUAGACUUCAGCUACCAAAGUCCAGCUCCCUGCCAGUCUGCUACGUCAUGGGAGGAACGCGUAGACUUCAGUGACCAAAGUCCGGCUCCCAGUCAGCAGUCUGCAACAUCAUGGGAAGAACGUGUAGACUUUAAGGACCAAAGUCCUGGUCCAUCCCUGUCUGCCAUCACGGUGGCUCAGUGA